CCCCAUCGUCUCUUUUUAGCCUCAUACGUAAAUAUUUUGGCGAGGAAGAGAGAGGGAACGGCAAUGGAGGACGACGUGGAGAUGGCGGCCGCCGAUAACAGAGCAGCCGUGGAAAUGGAUGAGAUGAAGAAGAGGUUGAAGGAGAUGGAGGACGAAUCUGCUGCUCUACUUGAAAUGCAAGCCAAAGUUGAGAAAGAAAUGGGUUCCGUUCAAGACCCUGCUGCUGCUGCUGCUACUCAAGCGAACAGGGAAGAAGUGGAUGGUCGAUCUGUCUUUGUUGGCAAUGUGGAUUAUUCAUGCACUCCAGAAGAAGUGCAACAGCAUUUUCAGGCAUGUGGCACAGUUAACAGAGUAACUAUCCGGACUAACAAAUUUGGGCAACCGAAAGGAUAUGCCUAUGUUGAGUUUCUCGAAGCGGAAGCUGUUCAAGAGGCUCUUCUUCUGAAUGAAUCUGAACUUCAUGGCCGCCAAAUUAAGGUAUCAGCAAAGCGAACUAAUGUUCCUGGUAUGAAGCAGUUUCGUGCAAGGCGUCCAAACCCGUAUAUGGGAUUUCGCGGCCAAACACCUUUCAUGCCUGCUCCUUAUUUUUAUUCUCCUUAUGGAUAUGGGAAGGUUCCUAGGGCUAGGGCACCCAUGCGUUAUAGCCCCUACUUUUGAGAUGUUGCCUUUCUGGAGACAUACGUACCGCUGGAAUGGAAUAGAUAAACAUCUCAUUAAAAGUAGUAGCGACUUACCACAUGUAUGGCUAAUUGCCUUUGCAGAUCCUAUUUAUCAUGAAAUCAUGCUGUUAGAGGCCUUUGUGGCAGAGUUUGUAAUCAUUAAUUCGAUUAUUGUGUCCUCGAGAGCUCUAUUACAUAGAGGUUUUAAAUUUUUAAUGUCAAAUUUGUUGCAGUUGAAUGCGGAACCAACAUUGCUAUCUCCCCUGGGGGACCAAAAAGAAGGGGAAAAAACUGUUUCUUGUAUUAUUUUGCGGUCUCUAUGUUGGCUGAAAGGCCGAGCAAUAUUCUUAUUCCAAAAAGGUUCAGUUG